AUGUCACGAUUUUCGCCAUCACGGGACGGCCCCCGACCGCUAGGAACCGCGGGCUCCAAGAACUCGGGCCGAGCUGGCCACGCUUCUGGCUUGUCGCGACGACGACACCAAGCCACCGCCGAGCCAGCCAUGACAGAGGACGACUACCUCUCGCGGCAGCCAUCCACGGGGUACCUCGAGCACAAGCGUCUGGAGGUUGCCGCGCUUCAUCUACAAUCCUCGAGCCUCGAUACGUGUGUGGUUGGGGCCGGGGUGCCGUACGGCUUGGGAGAGGGCGCCCUCCUUCUGCGGGUGUUCCGGGAGGCGUGGCGAGCUCGCGGCCUGCCGGUCGUCCUGCCGACGUGCACCGCAGGCGACAACCGUCUGGCGCUUAUUCACGUUGCAGACCUGAGCAUUGCCGUUGGAAAUCUUCUCCGGCCCGUUGAGCCCAAUGGGCUGCCCUGCCCUUUCCCUAAGCCGUACAUCCUGGCUGUGGAGGGGAAUGGAGCGCAGUGCACGGCCAAGGAAAUGGUUGAGGCCAUCGGGAGAGGCUUUGGUGGGAGCGGAGAGACCCAACCUAUGGGAGAAGCGGAGCUGGAGGAAGUUCUGGUCGAGAACCUGGAGGCUCUGUCUUUGCUCAUAAACAUCCGGUUUUCGAACGAAGGCGGCGUGCUCUCGGGCAUGGUAGCAGAUGGGACAAUGAACCCUGUCACUUGGUCCACAGGAUUCACGGGCUCAGCGAAACUGUUGGCGGAAGAGUUUCUUGCGAGCAGAUCGCUUCAGCCGAUAAAGGCUGUUGUUCUCGGCCCUCCCGGAGGGAGACAAGACCAUGUUUGUCAGGAGGCAGAACCAUCACCGGAAGCACAGGCGGCCCUGGAGGCACUUCCUCCCAAGGAGCGUCUUCUGGCCGACGUCCAGGCAGCUUUCGAAGCAGCCGACAUGCCCAUGUCCGAGUACACUGCCCUUGAUGCUGGCGGCUUGGCCCGUGUACUGUCGCCGUCUAUCAUCGCUAGGGCGGCCCGCCUUGUGCUGGAAGAAAAGAGAUUGCAAUGGACAUGCAGCGGGUACAUCCUGUGCGAUAUUCCUUCCCACGGAGACGUUGCACCCGAUAUCUUCGCGGAUCAAGCGCUUGGACCAUCACCACCGCGACCAUCGCCAACGAUCCCAGCCGGAGAUUCAAGAGCGGGAGUAGGGGGAACCCCCGGCAGCCCGAAGUCACGGGGGGGAGGGGUGGAGGGGCGUGCUGGAAGUGACAGUCCGCUAGCGGCCAUGGUUCCUACUUCUGACGCCCAGCCCGAAGAGGUUGUUGGAGGGUUUCGGCCCACGCACGUGGUAUACUUGGCCGCUUCUCUGGAGUACAUCGUGGCCCAGCAAGGGCGGGAGGUCGGAGCUGGCACGGCAACAGAUACAGGGGGAGGAAAGGAGGCCGAGGCCAAGCUCAGAGGUGAUAUCGAGCGUUUCUUCGCCCAAGAGCAGCAGGCCGAACAGCCCCAAACAACGGGUGGUGGUACCAUGCCGAUCGGCACCGCGUCUUCCCCGGGAGGGCAAAAACGAACUGGUGACAAUGGGUCUAGCAACGCAAUAGACAACGCCGGGGGGGGGACGGCGGAAACGGCAGCAGACGAAAACGGCUACAGAGAUACCGGGGAGGAGCAAGGCUGGAUACCGGCCACAGCCAGGGCACUGCAGCAUCGCUUCUUGAUCAAAGCUCAGGCGGUGGACGUCGAGGCAGUGGAAACAGACGGAGAUGUGUCCGGGGUGGUCGACGCGGUUCACGAUCACCUAUGCGGGGCAGAGACUCCCGGGUUUGUGUGGAUGCUUCGCGGGGAUAGUGUUGAUGUUUACGUUGAGGAAGGGGAACACGCAGAUCGCAACAUGACCCACAAGAAGCAGGCGGAUGGCGGAGAAGCCGGGGCUAACGGCGAGGAAGAAGCCAACGCUGCAGACGGUGGCAUCGACACCGACACAACACGGAGCGCAGAGCCCGCAGCGGCAAGGAACGACAGCAACCCUGAAUGGUCCGACGAUCUCAACCUCUCGGAAGUUUUGGCAAAGCUGACGGCCAGAGACGCCAAAGAAGUGGAGAUGAGGACAAGACGGCACCGGAACUUCCUUACGGAAGGGGUGGUACCGCAGGUCGCCGCGGGGCUUGUGGCGGCCGCGGAGGCUCAGCCGGAAAACGUGUUCGAGUUCUUGGCAAAUUACCUCAUCAGAGCUGGGCAAGCGCUACAAAGAAAAGCGGAGGAAGAGGCGGCCAGUAAGUACCAGGCCGGACUGGCUUUGUUGGAGGAGUUGGAGGCAAACGAUAACAAGCGCACCGCGGCGGUCUAUCGAUAA